AUGAACGGUGACCGACGAUUGCGACGAAAUCAAGUCGCCUGCGACGCGUGCCAUACCCGCCGUGUGCGAUGCGAUCUGGUAUCCUCGUUACCAUGCUCGCACUGUCUGCGCAACGACGUAGACUGCAAAAUUACACGCAAGCUUCGAAAACGAGGUCGCAUAGCACGGUCUAAGCUAGCCAAUGCGAAUAGGACUCAUGGGGUAGACGCACCGCCAAGUCCUACAGAACAAAGACAGACCAGCGAAAACUGCAGUCUUGCGUCACAAUCGACUGUAUCAUCCAUGGAUCCCACCAUUCCGACUUCAGUCACACAAUCGUCUUCGCCAGGAACCAACGAAAUCGAUGCUCUCUUGACCUUGUGCAUGGAGGACUGUCGCUCUAUGCCAGAUGACUUACAGCUGCAGGCAGGAUUAGGGAGGGAUGUCACAGAGGAAUGUCUUCCAACGGCUCAUCUGCUCAAUAGCUUGCCACAAUUGAGCCCAGAAGACAACGAGCCUCCGCUGCCACUGCAGGAAAUCUGGAAGGGGGCUGAUAUGGCUCCUGAUACUCCGAGCCAGGGGCAUCAUCCACCGACACUAUCUCAACCACCAACAAAUUACCAUCUCCCAGACAAUGAACCGAUUUUGCGGCUCUCGACAAAAUAUCCUGUGUUGAGUACAGUGAUGCCUGUUCUAGAAAAAGGUCUCCCUCCACAACUUGUGUUCCAUUUGCUUGAACUAUAUUUUACUAGCCCAUUUCCAAACAUCUUGCACAGGAGCUCCUUUCUGAGGGAUGAAUUCCGGGUCACCAGCCCUGCGCUUUUAACAAGCAUGCUUUGGAUGGCUGCUAUUGAUCAUCGGGCCUCUCUAUCUAUCCCACCCUCACAACAUCGGAAGAUCUGCCAGUUCCUCGGCGACCUAACGAGAGCAUUAUUACAAUCUUCAGACGAUGCCUCGCCCAAAAAUCAGGAGCCUUCACUGGCAGGGCUGCAUUGCUCAUCUAUGGCAGUCCAUCCCGUGAUGGAAAAUGAUGUUCAGCUUGAUCAGGUAAUCACUUACAUCCAUAUUGCCUCGGUUGUCUCUACCGAACAGGAAGCCGCAGGGAUGAGAUGGUGGAAGACGGCGUUUAGUUUAGCCCGAGAGCUCAAACUAAAUCAGGAGGCGGAAAUUGUGCCAGACUUUGAUAAGCAGAUCAAUGGAUUGGCCCAAUCCUUUGCUGACGGGCUAUCAAAUUUGCCAAAGGACCCGAACUUUUCCCAUUCUAAUGGGACACAAUCGAGCCUCAAUAGCGCAUUUGAGCAAAUCCAUGAUAGCUUUGAAAUCCAUGAUCAAAGCUAUCAUGUCUCAACGGAGGAACACAACGAAGAGCGAAGACGAAUUUGGUGGCUUCUUUACAUUAUUGAUCGUCAUCUCGCAUUGUCUCAUAACCGUCCGCCCGAAAUUCUUGAUUCAGAGUGUGGGAAUCUUUUACUGCCACUGGACGAAACCUUAUGGCAGGGCGGUAGUGUUCACAGCAACAGUCUCCAUUCGCAGGGGCUUCGUUGCUUUCAUCCAGCAAAGCAGAAUGAACUUCAGGUCUUCCCUGGUUUUCGCUGUCGCGACUCCUCCAUUUUUGGGUUUUUUCUUCCGCUUAUGACGAUCACCGGAGAGGUGAUGGGGCUCAAUAAUCUGCGGCUGGAAGAUAACGAGGCUUGCAAAGUUACAGAGACUGAAGUGUUAAGUCAUCUCGAGGUCUAUCAAACCAGUUUGUCCGCUUUUAUGGCAUCUUCAACUGUUUCCGCCGAAGUGUCAAACCGACCCGACAUGCAGCUAGUCCAGGACCAUGGCUGGCAAACACAAACUGUGGUGGCUUACUCGUCAUACCUAGUCCAAGUUCUCCAUACAUCACUAGUGGGGAAGUGGGACUGGCAAUUUCUAUUGGAAGACAAAGAGUUUUGGACUUCUCCAGCCUUCACAUCCACAAUCUCACACUCAUUAGAUGCGGCUUUUUGGUUGCGGCAAAUUUUGCAGCUUGACCCAGACAUCAGCUUCAUUCCCUACCUCUUCGGAAUUCAGCUAAUUCAGGGAAGCUUCCCCCUAUUGCUGAUUGUAGAGCGGCUCCAAGAUAAAUCAGAAGAGGACAUUCUUAAUGCCUGUGAGAUUAUGAUGCAAGCUACUGACUCAUGCCUUGUCACGCGGAACACAUAUUAUCAAAGGACAUUUCGGCAAUUGAUACGCAGCGCAGUCUCACAGGCUUGGGGUCGUCCUGUGAGUGCCGGCGAAAUUCGACGUCGUCGCAAAGCGGUCUUCGAUCUUUGGCUGUGGAUACGAAGGAAGACAAAUUGGUCCACCGUACGAUAG